GCCAUGUUGACACCUUCUUUAAUGCCCAAGAUAUCUACUGCUAUGCAUUAUGUGCUGUGGUAUAGAUAGAAGGCUGUCAUCAGUUAUAUUUAUAUCUUAAUGCUGACUACAUAACUUGGGUGAAAUUUAAUCUCUAUCUCCCUUCCCCUCCUCUUCUCCGUCCUAAAAGUAAAUUAGACUUAGCUCCUCUUCCCACUCAGUCUUUGGGUGUGAUAUUUGACUGGUGUGGUGGCUGUGUACAUCAUUUUUAAACUUCCGUAUGUGUACUAGAGCUUUUUGUCCUGGUAAUUUAAAACAUGUCAGGAUUCUUGGACACAAUGGCCAGAUGUAAGAAUUAUACCACAUUUGGCUAUGUGGAGUGUGGGUCUUGCACUGGAAAGAAACAAAAGGCCAUCAAGUCUUGUCUAGUGUGCUUGGACUCCUACUGUCCAAGUCACUUUGAGCUCCAUGAAGAACUGCACUCAGGACAGCGCCACAAAAUAAUGAAUGCCACAGGGUUUCUCCAGGACAAAAUCUGCUCUAGGCAUGAUAACCUGCUAGAGGUCUUCUGCUGCUUGGAUCAGCAGUGUAUCUGCCUCAUGUGUAUGAUGGAUGAUCACAAAGGACAUAGAAUUGUGUCUGCUUCAGCAGAGAGAACAGAGAAACAGAGCCAGAUGGGUGAGUCAAAAAUGAAAUCGCAGCAGAGGAUCCUGGAUAGGAAAAGGGAGCUUGGGGAAAUGCAGAAAGCUGUGGAAUCUCACAAGCGGUCUGCACAGGCAGCACUGGAGGAGAGUGAGAAGACCUUCACUGAGAUUAUUUGCUUUAUUGAGAAAAAACGCUCUGAGGUUCAGGACCUAAUUCGAGCUCAGGAGAAGAUUGCAGUAAGCCGAGCCGAAGGCCUCCUGAAGCAGCUGGAAGAGGAAAUUGCUGAGCUUCAGAGACAAGAUGAAGAGCUGCAGCAGCUCUCUCUAACAGAGGAUCACAUUCACUUUCUGCAGCGUUAUGUGUUUCUCACUGCCACUCUUGGAUCUUCAGAUUUACCCACCAUCACUGUUAGCUCUGUCCUCUCCUUUGAGGAAGUAGCAAAGUCUGUAACUGAACUGAAAAAGCAUUUGGAAGAUGUUUGUAAAGCAGACAUGGAGAAGAUUGAAAAGAGAGUGAAGCAAAUUCAAAUCCUUACACCCAUGACCAGAGAGGAGGUCCUGCAGUAUUACUGCGAGCUAACCAUGGAUCCCAACACAGCGUACAGACGCCUCAGCUUGUCCGAUAGCAACCGAGCAGUGUCCAACUAUGACCAGGACCUGCCUUACCCAGAUCAUCCGGAGAGGUUCGACUGGCCCCAAGUGUUGUGUGAGCAGCCAGUGUGUGGACGCUUUUACUGGGAGGUGGAAUGGAGUGGCAGAAAUGGUGUUAACAUUGCCGUCUCAUAUAAAAGCAUCCACCGAAAGGGUGGCCACAAUGAGUCCUGGUUUGGGUGCAGUGAUCAGUCGUGGAGGCUGUACUGCUCACCGUUUAGAUAUGCCUUUAGGCACCACGGCAAGGAAACAUACAUCCCCAAAAUGGACAACUCCACCAGGAUUGGCGUGUACGUUGAUUAUAAUGCUGGGACACUAUCUUUCUACAGCAUAGCUGGAAAAAUUAGUCUGCUCUAUAUAGUGCAGUGUGAGUUCACAGAGCCUCUGUAUCCAGGAUUUACUGUGUGGCCAGGAUCCAAACUGACACUAUGUUGUCCUACAAAGGUCAAACAGAUAUAGAUAAGAGAUUUUUAAGACCAGAUAACAGAGUUUUCUUCGUUCAUUUCACAGAAGCCAGUUUAUGUUCCUGUUUUUUCUCAGCAUAGAAAUGGAUGAUCCAGUUCCUCAGUAACUUAGCACUAAGCUAGUUGGUUCUGGUAUGCUAACAAUGAUUGUAAAAUAAAAAUGUGGAGGUAUAAAAAAUGUGCUUACAUAGAUAUACAACAAAAAUAUUAGAGAAGUUGGAUCAAAAGUACAUUAUUGUAUGAUAUAUGAGUGCUUUGUUAUCGACCAUUAAAGGUUUUAUAAUUAUAAUUCUAGAAAAUUAGCAGGGCUGUUAUGAAAAAUUAAACAGAUUGACCACCAGGGGCAGUGUUUCAACAUCUGGAUACCUUCUUCUGCAUGUGUGGACAAGUGUUCCAAGAACACCAAGUCAUGUGGUGACCAUAUGGCCUUCUAAAAUACCACUGUCAUUCCCUUUCAUCAUCUCACCUUGUUCAGGUUUUUUUUUUUUUUUUUUUUUUUUUUAGCUCUCUGCAUAUCAGCUCUGAGCUACAGGUAUAGAGCUACAGGUGAACGUGCCCUCUAAAGCUGGUGAUAGUCUCAAAAUGAUUUCAAGUACUUCAGUUGGCUAUGAGUUAACUUGGAUUAAUCUACAUCUAGGGAACCUUUCAGUUAUGGCUGGGGUGGCAUCCCUUGGUGUGCUAAGCGCCUGUCAGGGCACCACAGAAGGCCACUAGUGUGGUGGAGUGGGUUGCCCUUAUAAUACCAUGCUCACACAAGGGAGUUGUGAAUUAGUUAAUUUAUUAACUCAUUAACUCCCAUACAACCCCAAUUCCAAAAAAGUUGGAAGAGUAUGGAAAAUGCAAAAAAACAAAAAAAAAAACAAAACCAUUUGUCAUUUGAAAAUUCAAUUCACCCUGUACUAUAUUGAAAACACAUUA